CUCACUGCUCAGUACAAACAUCAGAGGAAAGACAUUAUCAGACGUUUAUGGUUUACAGUGCCAGUGAUGCCUGAUUCAAGAAGCAUUUGCAAGAAAAAACACUUGUGGAUGUACUUCUCAGCCUAAAGCCAGGAUGAUUAUUACACAUAUUACACAGCUGCUUUCAAUCACAUGCUUUAAGGAUGCUCGUUAAUUCAGGGUUGACUCUUCUCUUGUGCUCAGUCUUUGCACAUGUUAGUUGCCAGUCCUGCGGGUGCAAGACUCUACCGUCCCGAGGUCUGAGGGUGGACUGCAGCUCGCAGGACCUGAGAAGCAUCCCUCAUCUUCCUGAAGAAACCACUGAACUCCUGCUGCAGAAUAACCUCCUGACCACCGUAACUCCAGGGCAUUUAGACCGGCUCCACCACCUGCAGCGGGUCAAUUUAUCCGGGAACCCCUUCCACUGCGACUGCAGCAUCCAGUACUUAAGACAAUGGCUACAGAGGAAUAAAGCUGUCUCUGUGAUGCCGGUGUGUGCCAGUCCUACAGAACUGGCCCAGAGGUCCAUCCAUGAGCUCACUGAUGCUGAUGUCACAUCCUGUGUCUCUGAUCACUGCUUUGAGUGGGUUUAUAAUGUCAUCCUAUGCGUCAUGCUUUGCUUUCUCAUUGGUCUGCUGCUGUGGUGCCUGCAGCUAGCAAGAAACUCUACGUUUAUUCUGGGAAUUGAUGAGAGACACCGGGGAUUUGAGGCAGAAUCUCUUCGAUCGCUCAAACCCAAACACCGAGUGAGGAUGAGGUGCAGUAUCGGGUCACUGAGCACAGGGACCGGUGACAUGGACAAGCCUUUACUCAACAUGGACAUCCUCCCUCAGAUACUGGACAUCCUGCACAAACAACACAACAUUAAGAUUAAAGUACCGUGAAGAACUGAACCGUGUUCUUACCUCUUUAAUUGUGUGUAAUAAUAUGCUUUCAUGAUAUGUAACAUGGAUGUGACUUGAUAUUAGGAAAUUAUAAAUCUUGCCAGAUACAUUUAUAUUUUGCUUUCUAAAUUGUAUUUUAGUUAUUAUAUUGUGUUAAGAAAUAAAUAAAUAAAUAAAUACAACAGUCAGUGAGGCAAGUGAGGCUUUCUUUGGGACACGGUGCUUCUCACCAGGGCCCACUUGUUAAAAAAGUUAGAUCCAGAUCAGAAUGCUCUAGAUUUGGAAAUCCCAGUUCUGCUAUAUUGGAUCAGGUAAUCUGUUUUACUUUUGUGCCAGUUUUUCAAAUGCAACACACUUCUUCUGAUUACCUAAUUCAGAUUUAAACCGAAAUAAAAAUGAAUAAAAACCAUAUACAUAUUAUAUAGUUUUUAAAACUAUAAAACUAAGACAUAUUAAAUAAUAAUAAUAAUCAAGUUUAACUUUAAAUUAAAACUUACAUUUAUAUUUUGUAAUUCAACUCAUUCAGCAUAUUAAUAAAAGCUCUAUUAAUCAAUGAUACUAAAAUAUGAAUAGAUGGGACAUAUCACAAUGUAGGCUACUCAAAAAAACAGGUACAAUACUCAGUGUUCACAUUAUAUGUUUUUAUUUUUAGAGACAGAAAACAGCAUAAUAAUAAAAAUAAGGAAAUAAAUAGAAACAGAUAUGCAAUCAAUAAUAAGGGGUGCAAUUAUUGGAAACUAUACUUGCUUUUUGAUAUUACACACUUUUUUUAAACCUUUCUUUUUUUUAAAGAGUUACUAGAGACUACGCUGGUUUCAGCUUCAGGUCUAGCUUCAUAUUCAGCUUCACUGCCAGCUUCAAACUGAGGAGGAUCACUUUAGAAACAAUUGCCUGCAAAUUAUUAUUUAUUUAUUUUUAAUCUGCAAGUUGUUAUGCAUGACUUAAAAAUGCACAAGACUUGUAUUAAACAUAAAGUUAAAUAUUAUUUUUAUAUGGUCUUUUAUUUGUUGCCUUCUGAAGUGGUUUGAGUGAUUGGACUGUAAUUCAUCUAUUUUAACCCUUUGAGCGGUGUGGUCCCACAUGUGGGAUUUUUAUUUCUGUGCCCCUGGUUGAUGACAUGGAAAGCAAGUGUGUGAAUAUUUUAAAUGAAAAAGGAAAAACUAAAUAAAAGCGAUUGAUCUGUCA